AUGGUGAGCGGUAAAGUUGCGACAGGAAUCACCGGCAGGAACUGGGCUGACUCACUGGACACAGUUAUAAAGGUUCUUAAUGAUAAGGAUGGUAAAGACAAGACCCUAAAAGUGAUCCAGUAUACGGGCAAGCUAAUAUUAUGGGCUGGGGCCCGUAAACCACUUAAAGCGACAUUUGACAGCUAUCCAAUAGCGAACCGAAUAGAUCCGUUAGUGUCGAAUCUAUCGGGAUUCAGAAAGACAAUUAGGUUAGGAAACUGGCUUAGCACCGGCAGAGCUAUGAUCAAGGCUGGCUUGGAGGAAGCGGAAUGGAUUGAUUUUAUUGAUUUAUACACAGAAAUAUGUGAUGAUUUAUAUUUAUUGGCGAAAAUAGGAACUGUCUCCUUCCGAGAUGCUAAAGUUCACAAACGUUGGGUAGAGAUUUUUGAUAGAGAAGCAUGCCGUGGAUGGUUCCUGGCGAUAAUAAUUAAUUUAUAUGGGGAGUAUAAGAAGCGUCUGACGAUUGAACGGAAAAUCCAGGCUGAGGUGAGGCAGAAAGAUUCAGAGAAGCAAGGCACGCUGGUUGAUUCUUCUACAGCAUCAGAAUUAUCCAAAUUACAUCAGGCAAGGUGGAUGAGCCAGAUUAACCUCGCAAAGCUUUUAUGCGAUUUCAUAUUUUGUGCUAUUGACGUCUUUGAGGCUGAUAUCAACCCGGUGGUGCAAAUAGUUACUGGACUGACUUCUGGAUCAAUAGGCUAUUAUAAGCUUUAUAAAAAAAUGCUGUAA